AUGCCAACAGGUGGUGGUAAAUCCUUAUGUUAUCAAUUACCAGCUGUUAUUGAUACUGGUGUUACAUUUGUUAUUGCACCUUUACGUUCACUUAUAUUUGAUCAAAAACAACGAUUAAAUUCAUUAAAUAUUUCAUGUGCAGCUUUAACAGGAAAUAUAUCACAAGAAGAAGCUGAUGAAAUCUAUCGUGAAUUAUAUAAAGAUUUACCUGCAUAUAAAAUUGUUUUUAUCACACCGGAAAAAAUUUCUAUGAGUGAUCAAUUAAAUAAUGUUCUUCGAGAUUUAUAUAAUCGUCAACUUUUAGCACGAUUUGUUAUUGAUGAAUGUCAUUGUGUUUCGGAAUGGGGUAUGUUAUCAGGAUAUUGA